AUGAACCAUAACAAGCCAACCCACGAGGAAGUAGAGAGGGUUCAAACUGAGGACGAUCCCAAAGCCCUCAAGCACCAGACCCUUGGCCAUGUCCGCCUCCGCCACGAACAUACGAACGAGCUCAUCCUCAUUCCGGCACCAAGUCUCGACCCGAACGAUCCUCUACGAUGGUCCACUCCAUACAAAAUCUAUAUCGCCACCCUGGUCUCCCUCGCCAUGAUAAUGUGCAACUUUAUGGCCGCGGGCCCCUCCGUUGCAAUGGUCGAAAUCGCCACGGAUUUCAAACAGGGUGGAGACACUACGCUGACCGACUGGAUCGCCCGCGCCGCCUACUUCUUCAGCAAUAGCGCCCUCCUCCAGGGCGUGUCGUGCAUAGCCUGGGUACCGCUGGUGGUCAAGUACGGCCGGCGCCCGGUGUAUAUCGCCUCGCUUAUCCUGUAUUUCUUCAUGAUUCUCGGCGCUGGGCUGGCAAAAACUUACGUGGGCGAGCUGACAGCCCGGACGAUUCUGGGAAUUGGGGCAGGCGCGGGAGAAUGCUUGGCUCCUGUGACUAUGGCGGAUAUAUUUUAUCUCCAUCAGAGGGGGUACGGGAUGGCGAUCUACAACUCAGCUCUCAGUGCGGGAGUUAGCUUGGGAAUUAUCAUUUCGGGCCUGGUGACAAUUUCUAAUUCCUGGAGGAGCAUAUACUGGGUUGGUGCCGGGCUCGUCGGCGGCCUCCUCAUCGUCGUUGUGUUCUUCUUCCCCGAAACGGCCUUCACACGUACCGACUCUCUUGACAAUGUCCACACACUCGAAGACACCCCCCACAAAGAAUCCUACUGGCAAACUCUAAAGCCCUGGUCGGGAAAAACAUACACAUCUGAGCCCGUCUGGCGCAUGUUCGUGCGUCCCUUCGGGCUGAUCCUCAUCCCGCCAGUCUUCUGGGCGACAAUGGUCAUGUCUGUAACAAUCGGCUUCCUCGUCGCCGUCGUAUCAAAUUUUGCUACGGCUUUUAACACGACCUACGGCUUUGAGCCGUGGCAGAGCGGACUGUGCUUUAUUGCUGGAAUCAUCGGCUGUUUCCUAGGGACGUUUGCCGGCGGGCCGUUCUCAGACUGGGUUGCCGAUGUGUUCACGAGGCGCAAUGGAGGUAUUCGUGAGCCCGAGAUGCGUCUGCCGGCUAUCAUCCCGAGUUUGAUUGGGUGUCCGUUAGGUUUGGUGUUGUAUGGCGUUGGGAUUGCGGAGAGGUGGCAUUGGAUGGUGCCCACCGUGGGGUUGGGGCUUUUGUCAUUCUCCAUUACUCAAGGAACGAACGUCUCCUUUGUCUACUGUGUUGACUGUUUCCGUCCUGUGACCGGAGAAGUCACUGUAACCCAGCUUGCGUUCAAAUCAUGCUUCGGCUUCCUUCUCUCCUUCUACACAAACCCCUGGAUUGACCAGUCUGGAUACAAAGGCGCAUUCUGCGCCAUGGCUGGUAUCUCCGUGGCGUUUAUAUCGGGGUUCAUCCCGCUGUUCUUCUGGGGUAAGGCGAUUCGACAAGCGGCGAUGAGGUGGCCCUUUGUGCAGUUUGUGUUCUGGGAGGUGGAUCGUGAGGUUGGUGAGUAG